UCCAAAUAGAAGUUUCUAUGGUUUAGAUAAUUAGCGCAUGUCUCUUUAAGAAAGAAGUGGCACUGUGUAAACCUGUCAAUCGAAUAGUCCGGAAGUCUCUCGGGUUUGUUAGAGAGUGGAUCCGCACGGUUUUUCGACCAUGUGUCAAGUCGUUAGUUUAAGGAGAAAAGUGUAAAGGAAAGUCAAUAUUUAGUUUUGAGUCAUCUAUUUCAUUUGUGUACUCUUUGUUUUUGGAUUCUGACAAUAAAGAAGUUUCGUUUAACUCGUACACGCGUCUCCUAUGGAUAAAAACGGAACCUACAGUUCGUUUGAAUCAGAUUUGUAAGGAAUAACAAGGAAAAUAAAAUACAAUCUUAAAAUGAUUUUAACUCUACGAUUCUUUUGAGAAACCGGGCCCUGUUCCGUUGCCUUGUUAGUUACGUAGGCCUAUAGAUAGCUAGCAUUUAGAUGCGUGUUAGCUAUAAUAUAUCACAUGUAAUGAUAGCCAGAGCCGUAGAUAGUCUUUUUUCUCUGUGAAUAUUCUUGAACUUCAGUUACUUACCGGUCAGCUUUAUUCAAGUCAAAACUAACAUUAACUGCGCUAACAGUUAAGUCAUACAAUAACAGUUGGUUAAUCACACAAAUGAAAUUUCACAUUUUCAUUUCAUUUAAGUUAGUCAACGUUGCAGAAGAUACAAUCUGCUCACUCACUCACUCACCAUGUCAAAAUGUAGAUUGUACAUGAUUGAACCUUUUAAGAACCUUAAAGGUUCUAUUAUUUUUAUGAUAGAACCUUUUUUGAAAUAUGGUUUUAAAAUACUAUUCAAAGAACAUAAAGGUUCUAUAUAGAACCCCAAUGAACCUUUAUUUUUUGCAGUGAUAAUUUCAGCCCAGGUUGAAGUUGUUGCUUACUGUAACACUCUCUUUGAGUCGAAUUUGCUCUUCAACAACCAAACAGAAGACCACGCCCUUUAGUAGUUAGAUAUUAAGCUAGUUAAACUCCAUAUGCUGAAAGUCAAAGCCUUCCAUGAAAACAGAACUGUUACUGUUAUAUACUUAAAAAGAUGAAGAUUUUAAAUAAGGCUGAAUUACAGCAAGCGGAAAAGGUUCUACAGUCACACUUACCAAAAAGCUUCAAGGUGUAUGGAUAUCUGUUUGGUAUGAAUAGAAACAAACCACAUACACUGGAGGUUGUUGUGGACUCCUGGCCUGAUUUUAAAACAAUUAUUUGUCGACCACACCCAAAGGAUGAACACACCCUGUUUGACAAUAAUCAAGUGAGUUUCUUCACCUCUGAUGAAAAGAUUCUUAAGAAAAUGUUGACAGAAUACAAGGUCUUAGACUGGAAUAAAUACUUCAAAAUUGGGGGGUUUGACAUUCGUCAUGCCACCAUGUUGAAGGAUGUCGUCACCACAGAAGGCGUUACAUUCAGACAGUUAUCUCCAGUUCAUCUCCUUGCAUUACAAGACUCAAAUCUCCUUCCUCAACUGACAGUGAACAGUGAUAUGGAGGCCAGGAUCUCCUCUCUGAAUGAAUCCCAUGUCAGUUUGGUGAAUAAAACCUGGAAAUUUGGUGGUGAUGAAAAAGGUUUCCAGCUAAUUAAAUAUCUCAUAAGCCACUUCCCCACCUGUUGCAUCACUGAUGAAGAAGGCUGUCCAGUUUCCUGGGUGUUUCUAUAUGAUUACUGUGCCAUGGGGCUAUUGUACACAGCCCCAGAGCACAGGGGGAGGGGCUAUGCCAAGAUCCUGAUAAGCACCAUGGCAACAAGGCUCCAUGCCCAAGGUUACCCUGUGUACUGCUUCAUUGAGGAGGAGAACCAGCUGUCCUACAGGCUCUUUAAAAAACUGGGUUUCACUGAAGACCCCUCCUACAGGGCCGCCUGGUAUGAGUUCAACUACUAAAAUAGUGUCUCUUGUUGGGAACAUCACAACUGAACUCAGUGCUGAUGUGACUUUGUUCAAUUACUCAGGAAAACAGUUCACUUCUGAUCCAAUUAUAGGGGUCUUUAUUUCUGCAAAAAAGCGUACGCCUGCCAACAAUCAAGACCGUACAAAAAAAAUGUACUGUUUACAGACAUCCUUUGUCAAAUAUCUGGUGUUUAGAUUUUGGGCUUAGAGAGAGAAACAGUGAAUUGGAUACAAUAUUAUAUUGUUUCUAACAAUGUGGCCAGUCCUCCCCUACACAAGCAAACGUGGCAAUUUGGGGGCAAUUUAAAGUCCGCUAAUACCCUAAUCUCUGAGUCUCAGAGACCCUUCAUGGCUACAUGCCAAACAUAUUCCUUUACGUUUGAAUGAAAUUUGUGACAUUUAAGUGAAAUCAGUGAGUGAACAUCUUAAUGCCUAUGCAGAUAAUGGUGUUCAGGCCUGAUAGUUUAAAUCUUAAUUUUUUUUAGAAGCAAUUCCAGUUUCAAGCGGAAUCCAACCUGGUAUGAUUUUGUUUUUUUUAAUAUGGAAAAUAUUUUGACUGAAGGUGGAGGUUACAACUGACUGGCUUUGACAAUUAUCUGUCUACAAAUAUCAUCCUGUUGUAGAAGCAGAGAUAAACUUCCAUGCUUUUUUUAGGUGUUCAAGAGCUGAACUGAAUUACAUCCUUACAUGUUCAUGUUUGAUCUGGUUAGAAAGAAGUUAAUUUAGGAAUAUUUUGAUACUAAUUGCAUAGUGCUUAGCCCUGCUUCUAACAGCAUAGGUUCACACUAAGCAAUAAGUAAAUGGUCAUUUGUACUUAUUGAUUAGUGUCAAUAAGUACCCCCCCCCCCCCCCCCCGCCUCCCUCCUUUCCUUUUUACACCAUGACUCAGCAUCACCCAAUCAGGGCAAAUAUCCUCAAGCCAUGCUGGGUAAGGUAUUUAGGAUGGCCACAGGAAAAAUUUGUUGUGUGGCAGCUGGUUUUGGAGCCUUGGAGAAGAUUUUCUUUUUUUGGCGGUGGUUCCUUAGUUGUGUGUUUUUUGCUAGUUUCCUUUAAUCCUGUGGCACUUAAACUAGAAGAGGGUGACACUUUGACAAGGUUGUUUUUCUUUUCUGGUAUUUCCAAUUUUCUGUUUAAUAUCUUCUGUUUUUUAAUUUAGGAGUAGUGAUCCUGCAUUCAAUAAAGAAUGUACAAUUUCAAUUGA